GACGGUGUCUGAUGACGCCACCUCUACUCUUCCUCCCAGAAGAUCCACUCCAGCAGUCUUGAAGACCACCCUCAGCCUCAGCUUCACCCAGAGACCGUCUCUGAACUCCAGCAUCUCCACAGACCCUCUGACAGAGGAGCAUCCGGAGCCUCCAGCCGACCCCACCGCCGCCGCCAGUGUACCGCCCGCCAGCAGACGCUUCUGUGAACCAACCGAAAAAAGAGGAAUCUCCUGGCCAAAAACACACCGCGGGCUGACAGUGGAGCGGCCCUGUCCCAGAGGAACACGAGGAAUCGCUCUGUUCCUCUGCUUGACCGGUGGCGUCUGGAACCCGAAAGGUCCCGAUCUCAGCAACUGUACGUCACACUGGGUGGCUCAGGUGGCGCAGAAGAUCCGCAGUGGUGAGAACGCAGCGAGUCUGGCCAAUGAACUGGCUCACCACACUCAGGGCUCAGUGUUUGCUGGAGACGUCAGCUCCUCUGUGCGUCUGAUGGAGCAGCUGGUGGACAUUCUGGACGCUCAACUGCAGGAGCUCAAACCGGACCAGAAGGACUCGCCUGGACGCAGCUUCAACAAGCGUCAGAAAAGAGAGCGGACUUGCAGGGCGUAUAUGAAGGCCAUCGUGGACACAGUUGACAACCUGCUAAGGCCAGAAGCGCUCAAAUCCUGGGAAGACAUGAACUCGACGGAGCAAACUCACGCUGCCACCAUGCUGCUGGACACACUAGAGGAAGGAGCGUUUGUGCUGGCGGACAACCUGAUCGAGCCGGCGGUGGUGCGCAUGCCUGCAGAAAACAUCAUGUUGGAUGUGUACGUGUUGAGCACCGACGGACAAAUCCAGGACUUCAGGUUUCCACAAACCAGCAAAAGAGGAGCCACCAUUCAGCUCUCUGCCAACAUGGUCAAACUCAACAGCAAAAACGGUGUCGCCAAGCUGGUUUUCGUGCUUUAUAAGCACUUGGGACAUUUCCUGAGUACUGAAAACGCCACAGUGAGGCUGAUGGGAGACGGAGGCCUCAGAAACCACACUCUCACCGUCAACUCACACAUCCUGUCCGCAUCCAUCAACAAAGAGUCCAGCCGCGUGUUCGUGUCCGAGCCCGUCAUAUUCACUCUCGAGCAUCUGGACACGGAGAACUACUUUAACCCGAACUGCUCGUUUUGGAACUAUUCAGAGAGGAGCAUGUCCGGUUACUGGUCCACACAGGGCUGCAAACUCUUAUCCACGAACAAAACACACACCACCUGUUCCUGCAGUCACCUGACCAACUUCGCAAUCCUGAUGGUGCAUCGAGAUUCACAUGCGGGUGAGGGAAGCGUUCACGAGCUCCUGCUGACGGUCAUCACUCGACUGGGCAUCGCCGUUUCUCUUGUCUGCCUAGCCAUUAGCAUCUUCACCUUCUGCUUCUUCCGUGGCCUUCAGAGUGACCGCAACACAAUCCACAAAAACCUCUGCAUCAACCUCUUCAUAGCAGAGCUGCUCUUUCUGGUGGGCAUCAACAUGACCGAGCCUCCGAUUGUGUGCUCGGUGAUUGCUGGAGUCCUGCAUUUCUUCUUCCUCGCUGCAUUUUCCUGGAUGUGUUUGGAGGGCGUUCAGCUGUUCCUCAUGCUCGUGGAGGUCUUUGAGAGCGAAUUCUCCAGACGCAAAUACUAUUACGCAUCAGGCUACCUGUUCCCCUGUGUGGUGGUGGGCAUUUCAGCUGCCAUCGACUACAAGAGCUACGGGACCAAAAAAGCCUGUUGGUUGAGGGUCGACAAUCACUUUAUUUGGAGUUUCAUCGGCCCUGUUACCUUCAUCAUUUUGCUCAAUCUCAUCUUUCUGGUGGUGACGAUGUACAAGAUGGUGAAGCACUCAAUGUCUAUGAAACCCGACUCCAGCCGCCUGGAGAGCAUACGCUCCUGGGUGUUCGGUGCUUUUGCGCUGCUCUGUCUGCUUUGUCUGACGUGGUCUUUCGGCUUGCUGUUCCUGAACGACUCCUCGGUGAUCAUGGCGUAUCUCUUCAGCAUCUUCAACACGCUACAAGGGAUGUUCAUCUUCGUUUUCCACUGCCUCCUGCAGAAGAAGGUGCGUAAAGAGUACAGCAAGUGUUUCCGUCAGUCUCAGUGCUGCAGAACUCAUCCAUCUGAAGGACCUCACAGCGUCAACAAAUCCUCCGCCUCCAGAUCCACCGCUCGAUAUUCAUCUGCCACGCAGAGCCGUAUUAGAAGGAUGUGGAAUGACACUGUGAGGAAACAGUCCGAGUCUUCCUUCAUCUCUGGCGACAUCAACAGCACUUCCACUCUCAACCAAGGAAUGACGGGCAACUAUCUGCUAACUAACCCUCUCCUCCGGCCUCACGACACUAACAACCGCUAUAACAACCUUCUGGCUGAAACCAUCGUGUGCAGCACUCCUUCUCCUCCUGCUUUCCACUCUCCAGGUCAGCGUUCGCUUAGCAACAGUCGUGAUGUCAGCACAAUGGACACCCUCCCUCUGAACGACAAUUUCAACAAUAGCUACUCACUGCGGGAGGACGACUACGAGGACCCGGCCAUCACCUGUCCGACCGGAUGCGAAAUACGCCUGGACGAUGCUGCAUUUGAAAAAAUGAUCAUCUCUGAGCUGGUUCACAACAAUUUACGGCCUCGCAGAAACCAAAGCAGCUCCAAAUGCCAAGCGGACAGAAAUUCGAGUCCUCAGGAAAACUGCGCGGACAUCGACGAAGGUGUCGGAGACAGAAACGAGUGCGAAAACGCUGAAACCGACACCUCCGCUAUGCCUUUGUCCUCCUGCCAUCCAGCAAUGGAGCUUUUACUUCUUAACCCGAACCACCGGGAGGCCCUUGAGGUCCCGCUUUUACCCCAACGAACUCACUCCCUCAUUUACGCCUCCCAGAAAGUCAUCAGGCCACACAAAAUCAGCAGAGACACUCAACAAGAUGAGGGAGAGGUCAAAAAAGAGGAUGAUUCGUCACCAAAUAACAGGGACUCCCUGUACACAAGCAUGCCCAAUCUGAAAGACUCGGAUCUCGUCAUCGGAGAGGAGGAGAAUUCCCCAUGCUCGUCCGCUCAAAGUGAAACCCAGGAACAAUGCUGUAAGAGUUUACCAGAUCUCGGAGACGGGACUCCAGCGAUGUCCUACUAUCAGAUUAGCGCUAGCCUUUCACUGGAGGCUGAAUCUGCCAAUGACGGACAAAUGCAGCUUAUCACCAGCCUCUGAGCCAAGAAUGUUCAUUCUGCAUCUCAUAUUUUUGUCUGUUCGGCCACAGAUGAGAGGACUAGUCCAAGGCACAAUCGCGUUUUAUUUCUCUCUUCUUGAUUUUAUUGUUUUUGUUUUGGUUUUUUAAUAAAUAUGGAGUCGACUUUCUGCUCAAACUCUUCGACCGAAGUGGAGCAGAAAGUGUUUGGCGUCAUCUACAUCCGCCGAAAGCUUUGUACAGUAUACUGUUUUAAAAAAAAAAGACAAAAGAAACAUGCCGAUGUCUGACCUUUGUAGAACUCUGAACUAAAACACACACACACACAAUCUCCCAAAACAUUUUGCAGGUGAUUCUGCAAAUAGCGAAUGAGUGAUUGAUCUGAGCAAGAGACUGCGAUGACAGGAAAAUGUAAACGAUAUCCCAGACUCAGGCCUUAUAUUUUCUCUAUUGCACAAAGAGCUGUUGUACGAGCGGCGACUAAAGAGCAUAUAUUUUGCAGUACUCUCGGUGUAAAGAAAGCCCAUAAUCACCACAUGAUGUGCUCAGUUAUGGAUUUUACCAGGAAAACAAAUGUAUUUUGCCAAUGUGUAUGUACAAAAAAGUGAAAAGCUUCCUUAUUUUUUUAGCGUAACGGAAGCGGCGUCUUGCACAAAUUUGCAGUGAAUUGGACUCACCUGUUAAAACGAAAGAACGAAAUGCUUUGAAUUUGUCAGGGAUCUCGUCAACUCGUCAUAUCUCAGUAUUUGGCACUAAUUUAUUGUACGAAGUAUGAAGUGAAAGGGUUUGGAGCUCGAGUGGGUGUGAACAGGAACUCUGUUGAUGUUCAUUUCAGUCUUUUCUAAGAGCCCACUGUGGUUGCAGAUGUACAUUCAACUCUUGUUUGAUAUCGAAUAAAUGUGACAAAUUUUUUA